AUGGCGAUGUCGAGUAGCAGUUGCGUUGAUCGUCACAACAACGCUGACUCUUUUCACCCGAGAGGCUUCUUGACGCCGCCACCGACAUGGAAGAAUAGCCGGCUGUGGCCGGAGAUGACGAGGUCGGAGCCACAACAGAAGAGAGAUCUGUUUCAUGUCAUUCACAAGAUCCCGGCCGGCGACUCGCCUUAUGUUAGAGCCAAACAUGUUCAGCUUGUGGACAAGGAUCCUUGCAGGGCGAUUUCGCUGUUCUGGCAAGCGAUAAACGCUGGUGAUCGAGUCGACAGUGCUCUCAAAGACAUGGCGGUUGUCAUGAAACAGUUGAAUCGCUCGGAUGAAGCCAUCGAGGCCAUCAAGUCCUUUCGCCACCUAUCUCCUCCCGACUCUCAGGAGGCGCUCGACAACAUAUUGGUUGAACUCUACAAGCAAGCCAGAAGGGUGGAGGAAGAGAUCGAACUGCUACAGUAUAAACUGAAGCAACUGGAAGAGGGAAUGGCCUUUUCUGGGAGGAAAACAAAGAUUGCAAGGUCUCAAGGAAAGAAGAAGGUUCUGGUCACAGUUCAGAAGGAGUAUUCGAGGUUGCUGGGAAAUUUAGCUUGGGCCUACAUGCAAAAGAAAGAUUUCAAGUCUGCUGAAGAAAAUUACAGAAAAGCACUAUCGUUUGAUGCGGACAAGAAUAAGCAGUGUAACUUGGCAGUAUGCUUGAUGCACACGAACAAGUUGGCAGAAGCCAGGUUUCUCCUCGAAGGGAUACCAUCCGAGAAUGGCGCUGUCGAUGAAUCUCACGUUAAGUCAAUGGAGCGUGCCUCUGAGAUUCUGGUCGAGUUUGAGUCACAGCACGUUACAAAACAGAUGGAGCAGUGGGGCGGUAGGUUCGUUUCUCAGAGACGUUCAAAUGAUAGCAAUGGAACGAUGUCGUCUCUACUGCCUUCAUCAGGGGAUAUGAGCAAAGGAGCAUCUACUGGUUUUGCUUACGAGAAGAGGGCGAACCAUUAUGAGCCUAAAGUUUCACUCACUCAGCCAAGAAGAUGCGAGGGAGAUGGAGAUCAAGGAAAGGCCGUUUUGGUAGAAAAUGUGAAGGGAAACUAUUGCCGGAAACUGUCAUUCGGAUCAUCCCCCAGUAGUGAAUCAGUGCUGUCAUUUGCAAGCCCGGAUAUGUUGCCACAGGUUCUGGAAGAUAAUGGAAAAGUAGAAGAUAUCUCAGUCAAGAAUCGAGCGCCUGAGAUUUCAAGACGCGAGCAGCAGCACGGGAAGAGCUGGGCUAAUGUGGCGGAAGAAAUCUAUCAGAAAACUUCAUCAUCAGAUGAGUUUUCUGUUUCUGCUGCUUCAGUGGAUCAAGAAGGGUUCAGUGAUGAGAAUGUUUACUCCAACAUAAUUUCCAAGGCGCGUGAAUUGAUGGGAGCGAUAGAACUUGGAGAGGGAUAUCGGACUCAGCCAGAGAAAACCACAAUGUCAAAGAACCAACCACUGAGGCGUUCUCUGUGUUUCGAUCAGAACCACAACCCCGACUCACCAAAUGUCCGGUGUGCUUCACCAUUGACUACCAAAGCCGGAUAUCUCGGUUUUGGGAAUUCCCAAAACCGGAGGAGGCUGCAGGUUUUCCAGGAUAUAACGGCUGUUCCUAGUCACUGAGAUCAUGUUCGAAAAAGGGCCUAGUUUUGAAUUCUCUUCUGAGUUUUAUUCAGCAGCAAAUACUUGUACUAUAGUUGUAAAACAUGUGAAAAUAGUAGUAGUAACAUUUUUUUAAUUGAAAAAUGAACAGAAAUUUAA